AAAUUGAUGAAUUUAAUAAAGCUGUUAAGAGUAUCAGCAGUAGUUCCUCAUUUUCCCCACUUCAAGGAAUUUCUCCUCCUGUCCAAAACAACAUUUCUAAUAGAUAUGGGAGUGAUUUUAUGCAUCCUUCCAUACUGACACAAGACCAGAGCCCACACACGGAAGUACCUUACAAGUGUAAUAAGUGUGGCACAACCUUUCAUCAGGUCUCAAAUCUCAGGAGUCAUCAGAGAAUCCAUAUAGGAAAGAAAUUGCAUAAAUGUGAUGUAUGUGACAAGGUCUUUUGCCGAAAUUCAUACCUUGUAAUUCAUCAAAGAGUUCAUACUGGAGAGAAACCUUACAAGUGUAAUGAGUGUGGAAAGGUCUUUGAUAAGAAAGGAAGUCUUGCAGUUCACCAGAGAAUUCAUACUGGAGAGAAGCCUUACAAAUGCAAUGAGUGUGGCAGAACCUUUUCUAUCGGCUCAUAUCUCAAAAGACAUCAGAUAACACACAUUCAAGAGAAAUUAUAUAAGUGUGAUAUAUGUGGCAAAGUCUGUCGUCAGAAUCUAUCCCUUCAACGUCAUCAGGGAAUUCAUACUGGAGAGAAAACUUACAAAUGUAGUUUUUGUGGGAAAACCUUUCUUUGUGGCACAGACCUCAGGAAACAUGGGAUAAUCCAUCCAGGAGCAAAAGCAUAUAAAUGUGAUGUAUGCGAUGAAGUCUAUGGUCAAAAUUCAUACCUUAAAUGUCACCAGAGAAUUCAUACUGGAGAGAAACCUUACAAAUGUAAUUUGUGUGGGAAAACCUUUUUUUUAAAAACAGGCCUCAGGAAACAUGAGAUAAUCCAUACAGGAGCAAAACCAUAUAAAUGUGAUGUAUGUGGCAAAGUCUUUAAUCAAAAAUCAGUCCUUGUGAAUCAUCAGAGAAUUCAUACUGGAGAGAAACCUCACAAAUGUAAUGAGUGUGGCAAGUUCUUUCGUGAGAAGCAAACCCUUAGAAG